CUGACGUGUCAUAGUUUCAACCUAUGGCGAAAAAAUUCAUUUCAUAUAAUCACCUUUUUGGAUACAUUAAGCCGUUAAGUUUUGGUAUUAGUGUCGCUUAAUUAAUCUGGUUUUCCACCUUUUCACUCACACAUUGAACUCCACAAAAGGUGUAUUUGAUUUUCCGAUUUUGGGACAUUAUGGGGUCGGAGAGGGGUUCAUCGCCGUCGUCUAGUCCGGCGAUCGGAGCAUCAACAUCAUCGUCAGCUACAUCGUCCCCAAGUGGGAGUGGUAAGAGAAAUAGAGAACCAGAAGACGAAGUUUAUCUCGAUAAUCUCCACUCUCACAAACGAUAUCUUAGUGAGAUAAUGGCAUCAAGUUUAAAUGGAUUGACAGUGGGAGACGCCCUACCAGAUAAUAUAGUGGAUUCUCCAUCAAGAUCCGAAACCAUGCUCUAUAUUAGGGACGAGAUGUCCUUUCAAUAUUCCCCAAUGUCAGAAGAUUCAGAUGAUUCUAGAUGCUAUGAGCCUUUGACAAAUACCAGCUCCCCCCAACCUGAGAGUAGACCAACUAGUCCAGUCUCACCCUACCGAUAUCACAGACCAGUGAAUGGGUUCUCAUCAGGCCCUCCCUCCACGUCAUGCCCAUCACAUUCCUGCUACCUCCCUCCUGCUACAUCUCCACAACCUCGUCAACGAGGUUCUGAUUCUGAGGGUCGAUUUCCAUCAUCACCAAGUGACAUAUGCCAUUCUGCUGACUUAAGGAGAGCUGCACUUUUGCGGUCUGUUCAAAUGAGGACCCAACCUCCCGGACCAUCAUCAUUUGAAUUGCAUUUUACUCCAGGGCAGGAGCCUAGUCAUAUGGAGACCGAGGACCGACCUUGUUCCUACAUGAAAUCUUUAGUUGAUGAGAGGGAAUAUAAGGUUGACCAGUGCUCCUCAAUGAGUGUAUCAGCACCUGAAACUGGGGAAAGUGCCUGUAGAAUUUUGAAUAUGGAACCAAAAGGAGAUGAAUCUGUAGAUUAAAAACAAUACUUAAACCUGACCUAAUGAGGACUUCUAGCAAGACAGUUGUGCACAACUAGAGCUUUCAGAGAAUUGACUUGUAUGCUCAAAAUUAACAACUUCAGAAGAUAGUCCUGUUCUAUGACCCUCUGUUAACACAA